AUGCAGCACCUCGCGACCCUGAAGGCAUUCCCACCCUCGGGCCCAGCUCUUCGCAGCGAUGCCGCCUACGAUGAGGCGGUCACGUCGCACCUCAAGCAGCUGUCGCGGUUGAUCAAAGACCACAAUCCCGAGCUUGUGAUCCAUGGCCCAGAAUUCCUAAAGGACCUUGACCCGUCGAUACACUCGUUGUCAUAUCUCGCCGUCCUCCAUGCCCUCGUGCUCCCGAACCUGGUGACCUCGGCGCCACCUGAAUUUCUGCUCGAGAAACUCGUCACAUUCCUCUUGUCUUUCGACGCCCGCCAGAUCAGAUAUGCUGGCAGCCAUCUGCAGGACAUACUCUCGGCCCUGGGCACCGGGCAGUUACUACCGCCCUCCGUGGCAGUCGAUGCCUUGGCGACGGCAAUCCUUCGGCUCGAUCCCUCCGGUAGCAUCCUCACCUCGACACAUAUCAGCCUAGUAAAGCUCGCUUACAACACAGACAAUAUCGCCCCGGCGCUGCCAGUGCUCGACAAGAGCAUAGUGUACUAUCCCGGCAUGGCGAGUCAAAGCCAGCCGGAGCAACUAUGCGACAUGACACUGCCACCGCCUGCGUACAUAUCCCGAUUGACCGGCCUGACCACGACACUGAAAGCUACCAAUGUGCUUGAGUACGACUUGCUGUGUGGCAUGGCAUACAUUGCCAGACGGUCGUGGCAGAAAGCAGCGAGUGCGCUGGAGAGAGUAGUCACAUUUCCCACAAAGGACGGCGGAACCAGCAAGAUCAUGGUCGAUGCGUACAAGAAGUGGGUGCUGGUCAGCCUGCUGAAAGCCGGCAAGCACAGCGAGCCCCCGUCGAUCACAGGAUCCGCCGCGCAGAAGCAGUACUCCGUCCACGGCAAGCUUUACACGACGGUCGCCGGGCUCUUCACAGCGGACGACGCAAGCGCGCUGAAGCAAGAAGUGGAGCGGAACAACACGGUGUGGGCAGAGGACGGCAACGUCGGAUUGGUCCAGGAAGUCCUCAGCCAGUAUCAGGCCUGGCAAAUACUAAACCUGCGGGACGUCUACUCGAAAAUCUCAAUCGCCGAGAUCCGCGACCAGACAAAGAGCGCAGAGACGGGUGCCGGCCUGCCCGAGAACGCCGAUAUCGAGGCUCUCGUGCAGAACAUGAUCAUCUCGGGCAUGCUCAGCGGGGUGGUGCAGAAGAACGACGACGGCACGUCUUACCUCACAUUCCUGCCGCCCGCGUCGCAGCCAUCAGAGCUCGAGUUCGCCCAGGAGCUAGCCAGCACGGCGCUGCGGCUCAAGCAGCUCCAGCCCAUCUUCCGCGCCACCAACGAGCGGCUCGGCACCAACAAGGAUUAUGUCAAGCAUGUUGUCAAGGAAGCCAAGCGUGGGGGAGACAAGGGCGACGCAAACGACGCCAUGAUGGGCUUCCAAGCCGAGGUCGAUGAUGAGGAUCUCAUGGGUGGCAUCGUCGCUACUGGUUGA